UAACCGUUUGCAUUUUUAACCUCCGUAAUUUUAUAAUAUAUUGUAUUUUGUUUACUUGUAACUAUUCAAUAUUGGGCUAUACUUGACUUUUUAAAUAAAUAAUUAGAGAAUAGGUUUGUUUUCGACGUUGGCCCCUUCAAAAAAGUGGUCUUUUCAUCUUUAAUGCCAACGUCGGGAUGGAGAGAGAGCAGAGGGCACAGGAAAUACUCAACGGAUUUCAACUUAAUUGGAUGAAUUUAAGAGAUGCCGAUACAGGAAAGUUAUUAUGGCAAGGAAAUGACGAUCUAUCAGCGCCAGACAAAGAACACGAAGCUAGAGUGCCGAAACAAAUACUGAAAUGUCGUGCUGUGUCACGAGAGAUAAAUUUCUCAUCAGUUGAACAAAUGGAAAAAUUCAGGCUUCAACAGAAAGUCCUAUUUAAGGGAAGAUGUCUAGAGGAGUGGUUUUUUGAAUUUGGAUUUGUGAUACCCAAUUCAACGAAUACAUGGCAGUCACAGAUUGAAGCGGCGCCAGAAUCGCAAAUGAUGCCUGCCAAUGUCCUAAAUGGUAACAUACUCAUUGAAACUAGUUUCUUCGAUGAUGACCUUCUAGUCUCUACUUCAAAACUUCGACUAUUCUAUGUAUAAAAGACAAGGCUGUCUGUUAGUAGCUGGUCUAGUUUUUCAGUUAGGUCGUGAAGACAAUCGUCAAGUCACAAUUCGCACAUGGAAGUUAUA